UUCAGAACUUCAGUCUAAUUCUGACUUCAGAGCUACCAGAGUUACUUAAAUUUGAAAGAAUCCUUUUUGAAAGAAAUUCAAUAACAAAAUGAAGGUUCCUAAAUAUUUGGAUAGAGAUUUUUUGAGAACAGUGCUUAGGAAUGGAUUCAAUACGACUGAUGAUUUUGAUAUUGUGGCAAUGAAAGUGGAAAUUGGAACAUCUCCCGGUGAUAACUACACCAGCACCAUAUACCGCGUCUUCCUGACUUUCGUUGACAGUGGAAAUUGCGAGAGAAAUAUUCAAUUUCUCGUGAAACAUCUCACAGAACAAGUAGCAACGUUGGUGGAUUUUAUGGAUUUAUUUGAAAAAGAAAUCAUCAUGUUGAAGGAAAUUGUGCCACGAUUGCAGAGGAGAAUGAAUGGAGCUAAAUUUUCAGCGAGAUACUACUACCACUGCCGUCCUGGCCCUCAAACGAAGGUUCUAGCAAUGGAAGACCUCAAGGAGCUGCAAUAUCAAAUGGCACAGCGACGAGAAGGUCUUGAUUUUGAACAUUGCCGCAUUGCUCUGCGGAAAUUGGGUCAAAUGCAUGCAGCAUCAAUGGCACUGGUCGAUGAGGAUCCCAGCCUUAUGGAUAAAUUCAAUUUUGGAAUGUUUCACGGUUCUGUAAGCAAUCCCGGACAGAUACAGCUAUGCCUCCCACUUAGCUUCCCCUUGCUGUGUGAAAGGGUUAAAAUGUGGAAAGGAUUCGAGGGGAUUUAUCGCAAAUUGAAUCGAAUGAAGGAGAAUUUCUGGCCAAUGAUGUAUGAGAGCACAUCAAGGAAGCACGAUGGCUACAGAGUUCUAACUCACGGUGAUUUCUGGACCAAUAAUUUCCUUUACAAAUACAACGAGACCUCGGGAAAACCCAUUGAUGUACUCUUUGUCGACCUUCAGCAUUCCUGCUACACUUCCCCUGCAAAUGAUCUUCAAUACUUUCUCAGUAUAAGCCCACAGAAUCACGUGCGUGAGCAACAUAGAGAAGAACUCGUGCGAAUUUACUACGAAUCAUUCGCAGCAACGCUCUAUGAGUUGAAUUAUAGCAAAAUCCCCACAUUUGCCCAACUACAGGAUGAAAUGCGGAAGAAGGAAAUGCUUGGCUUCUUCGCGGCGGUCUUUGUCCUCCCAAUUGCCCUAAUGGAAGAACAAUCUUCCCAAGGAAGUGGACUCGAUGGACUUAUGGACGAAGAGGCACGAAAAGAAAUGACGUGGCUCAUGAUUUCCGGAAAAUCCUACACCGAAGCUAUUAAACCCAUUCUAAAACGUUGUGAUAACCUCGGAGUGUUUGACCUCCAACCAUAUCAAGGUGAUUCUAACUACUAACAGUAAGUAAAUAAGUUUAAUAAGCUCAAAAGUCUCCUAAUGCUGUUUACACAUCAAUUAAUUAUUUAAAAUGGAAAUAAAAUGUUUAGAACCUUUAUAGGGUCCAAAGUUUAGACAACAAAAUUAAUUCAAAAAUUAAUUAAUUAAAUAAAUAAAAAACUUUGUAAACAAUAUAUUCAAUAAAAAUUAUUAGAUAAGCAAA